AGGGGAAAAAAAAAAUUACCUCGUGGAACCAGCCUCCCCUUGGUGUCAUCAAAGUCAAUUGCAACGCCUCUGUUAAGAAUGGCGCUGCUGGUAUUGGGGUGGUUAUGAGGAAUCAUGACAAUCCCUUCGCCUGCGUUUGGAGGGCUCUUUUAUCACGAUGUCUGUGGAGAGUAUAGUAAAGUGGAUAUUAGAAGCUACAACAACUAUACUACCGGAGGAGGAAAUAAUACGCCGAGUGGAGUCUCUACAACAAAUCCUACCAGUAGCAUUUCCAAGUGAGUUAAAAAGUAUUUUGGAAACUUUACAGAGUAUCUGGAUAAAAUUCCUUCCAAUGGGUGGUUACUAUAUGUUAAAGAUUUGUAUUAUGAAAACUCUUUUGCGAUUCAAAGAAGAAAUGGUUGACUAUAAAGAAUUUGUUCAUCUUAUCUAUGACAACAUUACACAUGAUGAUGCACUUAAGAUUAAUCAUGGGGAGGAGUUUGCACGCGAUCUAAUGUCGCAGGUGGCCGAUCUUUGUUCCACUGUUUUUGGACCUCGUUGCUGGUUUAGAAUAUUUGAUGAAAUUGAAGUAUUCCGUAAGCAUGGCGGUAUUGAAACCUGCGUUCCUGCCAUCUACUUAGGACGCCACCAUACAGAUGGACAAUGUGUAAUCCAAUAUACUAUUGAUGGUCGUUUGAUUACUGAAGUGGUUCCAAAUAGUAAUAUAUUAGGGAAAAGGAAAAAAAUCCCACUUGGACCUAUUGUGGAGGGUAUGCCAGUAGAAUAUUUUGAUAGGAAUUUCUGGAUACCUACUGUUACAAAGGCGCAAGUGGCAGACAAACACUGGGUAAUAAAAGUGGGAGAAAAACUGUUUGAAGCUUGCACUCGCUACAUGAGGUCUUAUCAGCCUAUUGAUGAACGGAGGCUGUGUGAUGCCAACAAACAGAACUUCACGUUUCUUUGCAGAGACGGCAAAUGCUACAGCUACCCUCAUGUUCUUGGCUUCGAUUGUGAAUCUGAUGAAGAGUCUGAAACUGACUAUGAAGAUGAGCCUGAAACUGAAAAAACAACAAGAGUUAAAUCAAAAACGCCUGUUGCUCCUGAAACUGCUUCUGCAAGGACAUUGUCUGUUUGUAACUUGCCAGAUAGCGUCCAACGAGCUGAUGUGGAAAAUUUUUUUAAAGAUGCUGGUAAAGUUGUUGACCUUCAUUUUUCAACAAAUGAGGAAGGAAUGUUCAGGGUGUCCGGGGCGCAUGUCGAGUUUGACACUGUAGAAGCUGCAAUGAAGGCACUUGACUUGAAUGGCCGAGAUUUGUCUGGUCAUGCUGUGAGAAUUGCUUAUAUGGACUUCAUGGAUGAUGAUAGCCAAUUUCAACAAAGCUUUAGAACUUAGUGGAGGAGAUAAACUUGGAAGAGGCAAAACUCCCAAGGUGAAUUCUGUGAUGGUGCAUGCUGGCAGUGAGAGAGGAAGUGGUAUACCUAAGAAACCUAACAUUUAUUUAAUAGUGUAGUCCAUGCAAGCCGAAUAAUUUCGAGUAUUUGUUUGCCAUCUAGUUUAUUGUUUUAACGUAGCAGUUAAAGAUUUGUUGUAAGUGCCAACAACUCUUAACUUUUGGUUUUGUUGCAUUAAAAGUGAUUUACAUCUUUAUCUUUUUUUGGAUGCUAGUAGAUAUUUGAUACAAAAAGUAUUGAAUUUGUUUUUCUCCAA